UAUAUGAUAUGAAUAGACGAAAUUAAAUUAGGCCAUGUACAUAAUACAUCUUAGUUAAGUGGGAAUGAAAAGGAAGCAUGUUUCAAGCGAGGAACUCAUGUUUAUGGCGCAAUAAUUAUUGUCCACAAUUUAUUUUGUUUUCCUUUCUUUUUCGUUUAUAUUUCCAUAUUAUUUUCUUGUAGUACUUAUUAGUCCUACGCUCCUGCUAUAUUGUAUUAUGAUGGGCCAGUUCUGUAUACCUGUAAUCUGCUAGUGCCUAGUGUUUUGUGCUGUUGGUGCUCGCUUAUCUUUUGGCAAAUCUCUCUUUUUUUUUUACUUAAAUUAAACACAAAUUCUACUACCGCCCCAAUAAGAUUUCUUUCCUUUUUUUUUGUCAAUUUGCAAUUAUUAUCACCCCUUAGAGAUUAUAUUAAUAGGGCAUUUUCUCAAUUAUAUUUCUUUUGCUAAUUACAUUAAACCCACCCACAGGCGUCUCUGGCCACAAUUAUCUCUUUGCUCUCAAUUUUUUGGUUUCUGCAGUCAAAUAAUCUUUCUGGGUUGGUUUGAAGCAGAGCUCUAAUGGCUCUAAAUUUCCUGUCAACAGCUGAAAUAAGAACUGUUUCCUUUUUGGAUUCCUCUAAUAAUUCUACCCACCAUCUUAAACUUAAAGGUAAUUUCUCUUGGAGAAGGAAGGACAUACGCAUAUUUAGCAAAAAGAUAUGUUGCUCUGCUCAACCAUCACAAGGACCACCUCCAGCCUGGCCUGGACGAGCUGUAGCAGAGCCUGGUCAUAAGACUUGGGAUGGUCAAAAGCCUAUUGCUAUUGUUGGAUCUACUGGUUCUAUUGGUACUCAGACAUUAGACAUUGUUGCAGAAAAUCCAGACAAGUUCAGAGUUGUAGCUCUCGCUGCUGGUUCAAAUGUGACUCUUCUUGCCGACCAGGUCAAAAGAUUUAAGCCUGAGUUGGUUUCUGUCAAAAACGAGGCCUUGGUUGAUGAACUUCGAGAAGCUAUAGCCGAUGUCGAACACAAGCCAGAAAUUAUUCCUGGCGAGGAAGGGAUGGUAGAGGUUGCACGCCAUCCAGAUGCUGUUACAGUAGUUACAGGGAUAGUUGGCUGUGCAGGGCUAAAGCCUACAGUAGCUGCGAUUGAAGCAGGCAAAGACAUAGCCUUAGCCAAUAAGGAGACUCUCAUUGCUGGAGGUCCUUUUGUACUUCCGCUUGCACACAAGCAUAAUGUGAAGAUUCUACCAGCUGACUCUGAACAUUCUGCAAUAUUUCAGUGUAUCCAGGGCUUGACCGAGGGAUCCCUUAGACGAAUUCUUUUGACUGCAUCUGGUGGGGCGUUCAGGGAUUGGCCUGUUGAGAAACUAAAAGAAGCUAAGGUAGCAGAUGCUUUGAAGCAUCCUAACUGGAGCAUGGGAAAGAAAAUAACAGUCGAUUCUGCUACCUUGUUUAACAAGGGUUUGGAAGUUAUUGAAGCUCAUUACUUGUUUGGGGUUGAAUAUGAUAACAUUGAGAUUGUGAUUCACCCGCAAUCCAUCAUCCAUUCAAUGAUUGAGACGCAGGAUUCUUCAGUUUUGGCACAAUUGGGUUGGCCUGAUAUGCGAUUACCUAUACUGUACACAUUGUCGUGGCCAGAUAGAAUACAGUGCUCUGAAAUAACUUGGCCUCGCCUUGAUCUUUGCAAGCUUGGCUCCUUGACAUUCAAAGUGCCUGACAAUGAUAAGUAUCCAUCAAUGAAUCUGGCCUAUGCUGCUGGAAGGGCUGGAGGCACUAUGACUGGGGUUCUUAGUGCAGCUAAUGAGAAAGCCGUUGAAAUGUUCAUAGACGAAAAGAUAAGCUACCUAGAUAUCUUCAAGGUUGUGGAGCUAACAUGUGACAAACAUCGGAACGAGAUGGUGAAAUAUCCUUCAUUGGAAGAAAUUGUGCAUUACGACCUUUGGGCACGGGAUUAUGCUGCAAGUUUUCAGCCAUCCGUAGGGUUGAAUCCAGUCCCUGUCUAAAACUACCAUUUACAUGGAAGUCCAAGAAUUGUGCAUAGUUUCAAAAUUUGUUGUGUCUCCCAGAUGGGUUUUCUCAUGAAUAAAUUUCAUCCUACAAAAUCCCAUUUUUCUUCAGUGAAGUAAGGUUUACUCGUCAAAGUAGUUUUAAGUGAUGAUUCAACACCCACAAAAUGGAAGAACGAAAUAUUCUGGACAUAUUUUUUUAUGUUUAUGCCAAAAUAUAACUCUCAAUGCACAACAACAAACUCAAUGCAAUCAGAUUGAGGUUAGGAAUUAGACACACUCAAUCAUUGUAUUUAUUUUUUAUGUUUAUUUUUUUAUUCAUUAAUGAUUGGAGUCAUAAAAA